AAAACGUGAUUUACAAUCACCGGCACCUUGCUGCUCUUUGACCUGGUUGUUGAUUGGCAAAACCAUCACUAACUUUAGAUGACUAAACCUGACAGACACGCAAGACCAAAGUAGCUGCAGCCACUAAGGACACAUACCAAAGCCAAGCAGGCAAACAUGGAGAGUGUGAAAAGAUUGAGCUCCGACUGGAGAUAUCCCACCACUUUGCUGUGUGUCUAUGGAUUCUUUAGCACAGUGAAGCCACUGGAACCUUUCCUCAUACCGUUCCUGACAGGACCAGACAAGAAUCUGACCACUGAACAGGUCAACAAUCAGAUUUUUCCUGUGUGGACAUACUCCUACCUGUCCGUGCUGGUGCCGGUCUUCCUGCUCACGGAUUGGCUGCGUUACAAACCUGUGGUGGUCUUCCAGUGUGUAAUGCUCUUUAUCACCACUGCUCUGCUGAGGUGGACAGAGAGCGUGCCGGCCAUGCAGGCCAUGCAGUUCUGCUACGGGGUGGUCACAGCCAGCGAUGUGGCCUAUUUCUCCUAUAUCUACAGUGUUGUAGAUCUAAAAAGAUACCGUAAGGCCACGUCUUACAGCCGCAGCGUCCAGCUCCUCGGAUACACCGUGGGCUCGGUGCUGGGUCAGCUGCUCGUCAGCUUCAACCUCAUGUCCUACAACAACAUCCUCGUGUUCACUUUGGUACUCACAGCCAUCGCACUCGUUGCCUCCUGCCUGCUGCCCAUGCCACAGAGAAGCAUGUUCUUCCACAGAAAACAUUCUGGACAGAGAGCAUCAGAGGAAGGCGCAAAGAGGCACAGAGGUGGAUCUGAGGAGGAAGAACAUGACUCACAAACAUCAAAUACAUCCCUGGGAGACAGAGGAGAUAAGAAGGAGCAAGGGGUUAAGGAGGAUGAAGAUUCGGAGGAGAUAAAAGGGGCAGCAUCCUGCAGCCAGGUCGUUCUGCAGCUAUGGAGAGAUUUCCGCCAGUGUUAUUCCUCCAGACAGCUGUUGUACUGGUCAGUGUGGUGGGCGAUGGCCACAUGUGGCUAUAACCAGACUGUCAACUAUGUACAGGUGCUGUGGGAGCAUGUGCAGCCCUCUCAGAACUUCAGCAUUUACAAUGGAGGUGUGGAGGCAGCAUCAAACUUGUUAAGUGCAGCAACUGCCUAUGGCAUAGGCUUCACAGAGGUGAGGUGGGAGCAGUGGGGGGAGCUGGCCCUGGGUGGCUUCUCAGGACUGGGAGCUGCUGCAUUAUUUCUCAUGACUUUCACUGGAAACAUCUGGGUCUGCUACACCACCUACACCAUCUUCAAGUGCCUGUACAUGCUGCUGAUAACAAUAGCCAUGUAUCAAAUUGCAGCAGACCUGUCGAUGGAAAGGUACGCUCUGGUGUUUGGGGCCAACAACUUUGGAGCUCUGCUUCUGCAGACAAUCAUCACUUCUGUUGUGGUUGACAGUGGAGCGCUAGGCCUUCCUAUCAUUCCUCAGUUCAUCAUUUAUGCCAGCUACUUCUCAGUCAUCUCUGUGGUUUUUUUGCUUCGGGGAAUAUUUAGCGUCUGUAAAGCACAGAGAAUAAAAAAGGAACAAUCAUCUUUAAAUGGAAAGCAAUCUGAAAUCUGUGAGGAACAUAAGUUCUGAUAUUGUAAAUUGAGACUUGAUUUUUUUAAAUCCUGUAUCCCCAAAUCAUGGAAUAAAACACCCUUUUUCUUUUUACUAAAAAAUCAUAAAAUGUUACGUGCAAUGUAGGAGUAGCUUACAUUCCAUAAAAACAUUAACAUAAAGUAAAUGUUAGUAAUUCAAUAUAAAAAGGGACAUUUAGGCUUACAGAUCAUGAAAAUGCUAAAUUUCAGAGACAGAACAAAAAAGCACUGAACUUUUGCUCAUUGACCCAAAGUUUACGUUUUAGAGAAAAGCAAAAAAUAAAUAAUUUGUCUAAAAGUCAAGGUCUUAGGAUCUGGAUGAAGAUGCAAACAAUCCAGGUGAGGAGAGGUCCAGUGGGAAGUCUGCACAGUAAUUAAAUGGGGAGACACUUUCAGCAGAACUUAGCACCUGCCCACACUCCCAAGAGCAAGAGUUUCCCUUUUUGAAUUGUAUUACUGAGAUAAAUGUACUUUCCAAUUAUAUUCUAGUUUAUUGAGAAGCACCUGUACAUUUAUAAAUGAAAGCUUCAGUCAUUUCAUGUUAUUUAAAAUUCAUUUUAAUAUAUAUUCUGUAUAUAUUUACACAUUAACUUAAAAUUCUUUAAUAUCCCAUGAAAGUGGUUUUUCAGUCCAUCAGUCAUUCUGCUUUCCCCCAUGGGUCUGUAGUUCACUGUCAUU